AUGACGACUGACGAGCUCUCUGUUGGUCUGGACGCCACCGGCAUCUCAAUCCUCGCAGAUGGACCGGAAAACAUAUCGUCCAGCACAUCAACAUCUACGACUGGAAAGGAAGAUGGAUACCUCUGUAUCAACAGAUUCACUCAGAAUACCGCCACGACCCAGGACAACCAGAGCCGAGAUUCUGACGACGAUGAGGAUGACUGCGGCAGCCACGAUGAAGCUGACGAAGAUUCAGACGAAAGACAGUACAGCAUGACCCCAGAAAGGCCUCAUAAAAUUACCGAGAAGAAGCGCGCAGAUCAUGCUGCCUUUCACGACUGGCUUCAGAGCAACUCCAGCGAGAUUGCUCAGUCAACCCCUCAGCCGGCUCAAAACCUCAACCACACCUCCACGGCCCUGAUGGUACGCGAGAGUGAGAAUCGUAAGAUCAUCGAAAAUCCUCGGGAGUAUCAGAUUGAGCUCUUCGAGCGGGCGAAGCGAAAGAACAUCAUUGCCGUGUUACCCACUGGAUCAGGAAAGACCUUAAUCGCAGCCCUUCUUCUGCGACACACCCUCGAACAAGAAACCGCGGAUCGACGCGCGGGCAAGCCCAAGAGAAUCGCCUUUUUCCUCGUGGAAAAGGUUGCUCUUGCCCUCCAACAGCACGCGGUUCUGGAGUGCAAUCUGGAAUUUCCCAUUGACCGGGUAUGCGGUGACAUGGUACGGUCGGACUGGAUCAAGGAGUCAUGGAUGAAAAGAUGGGAUGACAACAUGGUCAUGGUCUGCACCGCCGCCAUCCUUCAGCAAUGCCUUGCCAGAUCAUUCAUCCGCAUGGAUCAGAUCAACCUGCUUGUCUUCGAUGAAGCACAUCACGCCAAGGGAAAUCAUCCGUACGCCCGGAUCAUCAAGGACUACUACAUUACGGAACCUGACAAAGAAAGGCGCCCCAAGAUCUUCGGCAUGACUGCCUCUCCGGUGGAUGCCCUCACCGACGUCAAGAUUGCUGCCGCUCAACUCGAAGGUUUGUUGCAUAGUGAGAUUGCGACAAUCGAGGAGGACUCUGUAUCAUUCAAACAAAUCCAGAAAGAGGUCGUCGAACAAGACUGCAAGUACCCUGCCCUCGAACCACCCUUCACCACCAAUCUUCAUAAGAAGAUCCAAGAACAGGUGCGCUACAACAAGAACUUCGCAAAGGCGCUGAGCAAUUCUUUAGAAAUGUCGAGCUCCCUUGGCAGCUGGUGUGUCGAUCGCUUCUGGCAGAUAUUUCUGACCGAAGAAACCCUCGCGAGAUUGGCAGCGCAAACUGCACAAGACAACAUUUUUGCCGAUCGCGCCGAAAAGGAGCGCGUUGCCAUUGAGGAGGUCCGCAACAUCAUCAAGCAACAUCAGUUCCUCCCAAUCACCAAAACCCUGCAAGACUUGUCGUCCAAAGUGCUGUGCCUCCUCGGCCAACUGGAAUUGCGCUUCAGUGCCCCUACCGAUCACAAGUGCAUCAUCUUCGUGGAGAAACGAAACACAGCCAUGAUUCUGGCUCACCUCCUCUCCUUGCCUGGUAUUGGACCUCUAUAUCUGAAACCGGCUGCGCUUGUCGGGAACCCAUCUGACAACAGCCCUCUUGCCAUGUCGUACAAAGAGCAAGUGAUGACAAUAACAAAGUUCAGACGUGGUGAAUACAACUGUCUUCUCGCCACUUCUGUGGCCGAGGAGGGCAUUGACAUCGCAGACUGCAACAUUGUCAUUCGAUUCGAUCUUUUCAACUCGGUGAUUCAGUACAUACAAUCCAAAGGCCGCGCUCGGCACUUGAACUCGGAGUAUAUUUGCAUGGCCGAGCUAGGCAACGGCAAGCAUACAAGGGCGAAGAUACAAGCAAAUUAUGACCUCUCCCUCAUCCGCCAAUUCUGCAGCACACUGCCAGAAGACCGCAAGAUCGUGGGCUGGGACCCCGAGGCAGCUCUUCACCAUGGCGAGCGCGACCAUAAGUUCCACAUCGUUCCAUCCACCGGGGCCAAACUCACCUGGACCGGCAGCCUCGUGGUUCUGUCAAAUUUUGCCUCUUCUCUACAGGUGAACGACGAAACACUAAGUCCUUCCUAUAUGGUCUCUCUCAUCGGUAGCGAGUACAUCUGCGAGGUCCAGCUUCCGAGCAAGUCUCCCAUUUUGAGCGUGUCAGGCACGCUCCAAAAGAACAAAGCAGAGGCCAGGUGCUCCGCAGCGUUUGAGAUGUGCAUGAAGCUCAUCAAAGGUGGGUUCAUCAGCAGUCACCUUCAGCCGACGUUUACCAGGAAGCUCCCGGCCAUGCGAAACGCACGCCUAGCCAUCAGCUCCAAGAAGCGUGAACGGUACAAUAUGAGGGUCAAGCCAGAGGUAUGGUCACGGCGUGGACCGGCAUCCUCUCUGUUCCUCACAGUCCUGAAGCUUCGUACACCUGGUGCAUUGAACAGACCAUCACAGCCACUCGCCCUCCUCACACGAGAGGCACUGCCAGAGCUUCCAGGAGUUCCGCUAUUUUUCGGUAACUGUGGUCGGUCCAUAGCGGAGGUAGUAUCUGUGGCGAAACCCAUGCACUUGGAUGAAGUACGUCUAGACAGCCUCAGAGUAUUCACCCUGCGCAUUUUCAAAGAUGUCUUCAGCAAGGUAUACGAUUCUCAAGUCGCAGACCUUCCAUACUUCCUGGCACCUGCUGCUCAUGACCACAGUCAUGAGUUCUCACCGAAUGAAGACCCAGGGUCACUGAUCGACUGGAGCCAUCUGCUGUCGACCAAAGAGGUUGAGUACUUGCCUUGGGAUGAAGAUCACAGUCCCAGCUUCUAUCAAAGCAAGUUUGUGAUUGAUCCAUACACGGGAUCGCGCAAGCUGUUUCUCAGAGGUAUUCGGACAGAUCUCAAGCCGACCGACUUGGUUCCAGAUGGAGUUCCCGAACCCACAUUCAGGCUCUGGAAGGACGUUGAGCAUACCAUAAAGGAAUACAGCAUCAGCCUCUGGGCAAAGAGUCGAGCCCGGAGAGCUGGCGAAUGGUUGGACACUCAACCCGUGGUAGAAGCCGAGUUGGUCUCGCUGCGCCGGAAUCUUCUCGACGAAUUUGCCGAUUCCAAGCAUGAAGGGUCUAGGGUCUGUUAUGUGAUUCUCCAGCCGCUACAGAUCUCAACACUCCCUGUCGAGGUCGUCGCUAUGGCCUACAACUUUCCCGCCAUCAUCCAUCGGAUUGAAUCGAAUAUGAUCGCCCUUGACGCCUGCCGUAUGUUGAACCUUCGAGUUCGUCCCGACCUGGCUCUCGAGGCGAUGACCAAAGAUUCAAGCAACAGUGAAGAGCACGAUCAGGAAAAGAUUGAUUUCCAGGCCGGCAUGGGCAAUAAUUAUGAGCGACUCGAGUUUCUCGGAGACUGCUUUCUCAAAAUGGCAACCACCAUCGCACUUUUUACUCGGAUCCCUGACAGCAACGAGUUUGAGUGUCACGUCGAGCGAAUGCUUCUUAUUUGCAACCAGAAUCUGUUCAAUGUCGCAUUAAAGAAGAACUUGCAAGAGUACAUUCGAUCAAAGCAAUUCGAUCGACGCAGUUGGUACCCCCAGGGUCUGAAGCAGAAGGCGGGCAAAGCCCAAGGAGCACAAAACUCACACUCAUUGGCCGACAAGUCUAUUGCUGAUGUAUGCGAGGCCAUCAUUGGCGCCUCAUAUUUGUCGUACACUGACGAGGGCAACUUUGACAUGGCCGUACGCGCUGUGACGGCCGUCGUGAGGAACAAAAAUCACGACAUGAAAUCAUACGAGGACUAUUACAAAGCAUUUAAGAUGCCGAUCUGGCAAGCGGCGGAGCCAAGUGCUGUGCAGAUGGAAGCGUCUUUACAGAUUAAAGAGCAGAUGGGAUAUGAGUUCAAGUCUCCUGCCCUGCUGCGGAGUGCCUUCAAGCACCCGUCCUACCCCCGUCAGUUUGAGAGCGUGCCCAAUUAUCAGCGCCUCGAGUUCCUCGGUGACGCGCUUCUAGACAUGGUCUGCGUAGACUUUCUCUUCAGGAAGUUUCCCGACGCCGAUCCUCAAUGGCUCACUGAACACAAGAUGGCCAUGGUUUCGAACCACUUCCUCGGAAGUCUGAGUGUAGAGUUGGGCUUCUACCGGCGUGUCCUUCACUUUAACAGCAUCAUGGCCAAUCAAAUCAAGGACUACGUCGACGCACUUACUCAUGCACGCCAAGAAGCCGAAGCGGUGGCCCAGAUCUCUGGCACAGUCUCGCGAGAUUACUGGCUCAACGUGAAGCACCCCCCCAAAUUCCUCUCAGACGUGGUCGAGGCAUACAUCGGUGCUAUUUUCGUUGAUUCAGGAUACGAUUAUGGCCAGGUACAGGCGUUCUUCGAGAAGCAUAUCCGGCCUUUCUUCGCAGACAUGGCGCUAUAUGAUUCCUUUGCCAGCAGCCACCCUGUCACAACGCUGGCGCGUAUGAUGCAGCAGGACUUUGGCUGCCAGGACUGGCGGCUUCUUGUAAGUGAACUGCCGCCGAGCUGCGAAGACGGCGGGGCAGCUGCGAUCACUGAGACGGAAGUGAUUUGUGGGUUCAUGGUCCACGGAAGAAUCCUGCUACAUGCCAAGUCGUCGAGUGGACGGUACGCCAAAGUGGGUGCUGCAAAGAGAGCGGUCGAGAAGCUCAUGGGUCUCGGCAACGACAAAGAGGUCUUUCGGACGGACUUCGGCUGUGACUGUGACUGUGAAGGUCAAGCAAUCUAG